AAUAUAACUAAGACGCUCAACCGUCUCACGCCGGCGACGCAAUCAGAGGCGGUGGUUCGAAAAGCUCGUAUCUUCGAUUCUAGGGUUUCGAUUCUCUCGGAGACUGCUUGAGUUUCACGUCUUUGCUGUUAUGAACAUAAGGGAUUGUGAGUUUGGUGACAAUCUGAUUUGUUAACCCUAAAAUUAAAGCUGCUAAUUUUCAUUCCAAGUUUGUGUUUUUUUCUGAAGGUGGUCGAGCUCUAUGGGUGAGUCUGCUGGAUCGAGCAGCUCAUGGGCUGCAAUCAAUUCGUCCAACAUUGGUUUUCAGCUCCUAAAGAAGCAAGGGUGGAAGGAAGGCACUGGUCUUGGAGUCGCUGAACAGGGUAUAUUGGUGCCAGUCCAAGCAGAGCUGAAAAAUAACAAACGAGGAAUUGGAGCUGUAGCUGAAAAACCAACCAAGAGAAAAGCCGUGAAAGCCAGUACAGAUUCUGGAAAGGAGGAAGAAGUCUCUAAGCAAUCCAAGAAACUUUCAAAGAAAAUGCGAAAGUUGAUGGAGCACGAAAAACAGUUACAGGAGAAGGAAUUCGAACGAGCCUUCUUCAGGGAGUUCUGGCCUGAUAAUGUAUAAGAUUGAUACCCAAAAAUUGUAUAUGCUAGUUUUAGAACUCAGCGUUCGAGUCAUUGUCCCUUAAUCUACUCUCGAGUUCAACUGCUCACAAACAAAACCCAAAAACUAUUUUUUAACAUUUAUAAUAUGACGCAGUAAAAGAGAAUGACAUUAUGUAGACAAAA